AUGAGCAAACGAGCCUCUCGAUCCAAAAACCGCGGCUCUGUACUAAAAGAGCAGAGCUCAACCGAUUCGCUACAGCAGGAGAAAAACGGCAAUGCCAAUACGACUGCGACAAUGAACGGCGUCAUGUUGGAACAUCGGCGCAAACAUGCCUCAUUCGAAAGCGACUCACCCGCGAGCCAGGCUGCCUCGCUCAUGGGCAACUCAAAUUUCUCCUUGGACGACGAUGUACCCAAGCUAGGAGAGCAAGAGGACGGGCCAUCCAAGGGCUUUUUUGAGCUCUCCAAGAAGGACCAAAGCAAUUUUUUACUAUUGGUACUACUAUACUUUCUCCAGGGUAUACCAAUGGGGCUGGCGCAUGGCUCUGUGCCCUUUUUACUCAAGCACAGCGUUUCCUACGCCGCCAUCGGUGUCUUCUCGCUCGCUGCAUACCCAUACUCAUUAAAACUUCUGUGGAGUCCAAUCGUGGAUGCAGUCUGGUCGCCUAGGAUAGGACGCAGGAAGAGCUGGAUCUUGCCCAUUCAAACCAUCUCUGGCUUUUCUAUGAUCUGGCUAGGAAAGAACAUCAAUCGCAUGAUGAAGGAGGCGGGCGAGUCGGAUAGCGGUGUAUGGAACUUCACCUGGUGGUGGUUUGCGCUUGUGUUCCUGUGCGCUACUCAGGAUAUUGCUGUGGAUGGCUGGGCCCUCACCCUCCUCUCCAACGAGAACCUCGCGUACGCUUCGACGGCGCAAACCGUCGGUCUGACUGCAGGCCAGUUCCUCUCCUACACCGUUUUCUUGGCCUUCAACUCGAAAGAUUUCGCAAAUCGAUGGUUCCGCACCAUUCCGGCAGAGACGGGUAUCAUGGAGCUCGACGGCUACUUGAGCUUCUGGGGAUGGGCAUACUUGAUUGUUACCUUGGGAUUGGCAGUCAUGAAGCGCGAAGAUCGCGACAAGAACGGUGACGGAAUCAGCGAGGUUUACCGUUCAAUGUGGGGCAUCUUGAAGUUGAAGAACAUCCAAAGCUUCAUCAUCAUCCAUCUUAUCGCCAAGAUCGGCUUCCAAGCCAAUGACGCGGUUACGAGUCUGAAGCUACUGGACAAGGGCUUGAAGCAGGAGCAGCUGUCGCUCGUCAUUCUCGUCGACUUUCCUGUCGAGGUUUUCCUGGGGUACUACAUUGGUAAAUGGUGCCAAACAUAUCCACCAAUGCACAUCUGGUGUUGGUCUUUUAUCGGGCGUCUGGUGGCUGCUGGGUUCGCACAGUUUGUGGUAUCCAUCUUCCCAGUUGGAGGCGCAUCGUCUGGAUUUGUCUUGCUGGUUAUUGCCGAGCAUGUGCUGUCGACCUUUAUGAAUACAGUCAUGUUUGUCGCUGUCAGCGCUUUCCAUGCGAAGAUAUCUGACCCGCUCAUCGGUGGCACAUACAUGACGCUGCUCGCUACCGUCUCCAACCUAGGCGGCACAUUCCCGCGCUACUUUGUUCUCAAGGCCGUCGACAUGUUUACUGCAGCAACGUGCAUACCGCCAACCAACCCGCCCAAGCCUGAUCUCCUCAAGGGUCCUCUAGUUACACAACCCUUCUCUUGUGCUCUUGAGCCAGAGAAGCACAAGUGUAUUGAGGGGGGCGGUAUCUGCAAUGUCACAACUGAUGGAUAUUAUAUUGUGAACAUUCUCUGUAUUGUAAUCGGUGUGGUUACUUUCUGGGGGUACAUUAAGCCGGCCGUUAUGAGGAUACAGGCUUUGCCUAUGCGGGCAUGGAGAAUUGCUCCUUAG